UCCCCCGCCGGGGGCCGCCAGGAGGGACCAUGUCCACGGGCUCCCUGAGCGAUGCAGAAGACCUGGCCGAGGGGGAGAUGCUGGAGAGCGAGGCUUUGAAGAGGGACGCCCGCUCGCCUCCUGCCGCCCGCCGCCAGAGCCCUGAGGAGGGCGCCAUGGGCGAGCUGGCCUCCCCGGCCAAGGCCAGAGGGGCGGCGGCGGGCAAGCGGAGGAAGGGGCCGGGCAAGAAGAGCCCGCUGAACGGCGUGGGCCAAGAGGGCAAGCAGGUCCAAAGGAACGCGGCCAACGCCCGCGAGAGGGCUCGCAUGCGCGUGCUGAGCAAAGCCUUCUCCCGCCUCAAGACCACCUUGCCGUGGGUGCCGCCCGACACCAAGCUCUCCAAGCUGGACACCCUCCGCUUGGCCUCCAGCUACAUCGCCCACCUCAGGCAGAUCCUGGCCAGCGACAAGUACGAGAACGGCUACAUCCACCCCGUCAACCUGACAUGGCCCUUUAUGGUUGCUGGCAAACCAGAGAGUGACCUGAAAGAAGCAGUGAACACAACUCGGUUGUGUGGUCCUACAGCAUCCUGACCCUGGAUUUUCAAGCAUGUGAAUGCCAGUCUCCCAUGUCUACAUGCUGGUGUGUGUGUAUACGUUUGUAAGUAUGAAUGGAAGGAAUGAAAUUAAGAGGGAGACAAAAAGAUUUUCUCACUGCAAAAGAACAGUAAAGUUGAAAAGAAGACCAAAUGCACCGUGCCAAAAACCAAAUCCAGCACCCCGAAGAAACAUGUAUUUAACGCCAUUAACUUGUAUAUAUUUGAACAUCCUGUAACAAGGCCUUGCUGGUUCAAGUGCUGUUCUCUGGAUUCAACCAGACUUUGCCGCUCUGUGCCUUUUUGUCUCUAUGUUGUGAAAGACUGAUUCCUAGAAUCAAUUCUGAUAAUCACAUCUCUCUAAAAGAAUUAUGUUGAAAGAUUCAUUAUGGAUAUAUUUUCUUAAAUAUGUUUUGCUAUAUUUUUUGUGAACUAAAAGAGAAGAAAUCCUUAACAGGAACAAAUAAUAAGACACAUUUUUAAAAAAAAUAUAUAGGAUUUUGUUGCUGAAAGACUAUGAUAUUAUCGAUUCACCUAUGAACAAGUAAAAAUGAAAUGAUGCAUCAUGAUGCCAAACCAUUUGACCUCAGAUUAUGAAAUGUUUAUUUUCCUAAUUAAAGAGAAGUAGACUAUGUCCUUUUGGGGGAGAAUGGGUAGUGUGGAAGAAUAAAGCAAUAACAGUGGUCGCCAAGGUCUUUCCCAGGAAAGAAAAAAACAAAAUUCCAAAAGCAUGGAUCAGCAAAGCGUCACUGAGAAUUGGAUGGCCUGUAAAGUUAGCAGACUAAUCCAUAAACUGGUUAAUGCAGAGGAAUUGUAUUUUGGAGGAUUUUUAUGCUUGUUACUUAAGAAUUCUUUUCACAGUUUAAGAAUUACAAACAUUGUUAACAUGGUGUUAGAAGCCUAAGAAAUGCAACUUUAAAAGACUGUACAUAUGUAUUUAAAUUGUUUAAAUCAUUUAAUUUCUGCCUUUCUGGGCUCAAUCCAGAAUCAAUUAAAAUGAACAUGAAUUACUGAGGGCCAAUGUGAGACAACUGAUCAAAAGAGUUAAAACAGCAUCACAGCACCAAAGAGGGGGGGGGGGGGGGGCGGAAAGCUGCCUUUCACUAUAGAACAUCCCUUUUCUAAAUGUUGGCAAUACAGGAGAGAAAAAUGAAGUGAACUGGAUAGAAGGUUCCAUUUCUUUCUAUGACGCUCAUGUAAUAAGAUGUUUCUAGGAUUAUUUGACUCCCAUCUGAAAUUAUCCCAAUAAUUUCAGUGAGUCUUACUGCCCUAUUAUGUCUGGAGAUCUGGGGUGCUGGUUUGAAUUGCUUCUGUGGAAUUUAGUGGAAGCCUUAAAUAGGCUUCAUUUUCAGUGGAACUUGCGUUCACAUAUAGUGUUUAGAUCAGGCCAUCAGUGGUAAAUAAAUCCAACUGAAUCCGAUUUAUAUCCCAAUUUAUUGGUUUAGCUGAGCUGUGGAUCUGGCUUUCUAUGAGUUUUCUUGCUGUUUGUAAAACAAAUAUUAAAUGCUGUAUUAUAUAUGUUGUACAUGUUUUAAACACACUAAGAAGAGCUAUAUUCAAUGAGAUUUUGUAUCCAAUGAGGAUGCAAUUAAUGACAGCAAUUUAUUAAGUCAGUGACUGCUAAAUAGCAAAUAUGUUAUCUCUGAAACAAAACAUCAGCCUUAUGUGUCAAAAUUAAAGAAAGGAGGUGGCUUUGGUGUCCAUGUGAAUACAUUUGAGCACUUUUUUGGAAGUACUACAUCAUUUACCUGUUUGGAUUGGUCUUUGAAACUCAGCUAAAUUAGAAAAGGAUGGAUACGUUUCAGUGCAUUUGAUAAAUAUGUUUUUUGUUUUGUUUGGGCUUGCCAUUCACUUGAGAGAUGAGACUGGGCAAGCAAUAAAUCCAAAUUAAAAACAAA